AUGUCUUCAAAUAAACCAUCACUGAAACCUAUAAGGCAAGAUUAUAUUGCCAAAGUGCGUUAUACCAAUAAUCUUCCUCCACCACCAUUAAAUCCUAAAUUCAUUGAAUAUAAUACUACUGAUCCAAUUUCAACUCAACAAGAAGGAGAAUAUUUAAUAUCAUCAUUAUUUCGUAAAGAAAAUUUCCAAAAUUUAAUGGAAAGAAUUGAUGAUCAAUUAGGAUUAGAUUUAAAUUUAAUUAAUAAUCGAGGAUUUUUAUCAGAAGAUAAAAUGAAUGAAAGUAUUGGUAAAUUAAAAUAUCAUCAAUUACAUUCUAAUGAUCGAGAAUUAUUAAGAGAUGCCGGAAUUGGGAAAAUUCUGAAAAAUGAACCAGAAGUUUCAUUUUUAAGAAGAACUGAAUAUAUAUCUGAUCGACCAUUAUCUAAAAAUAAUAAUAAUAAUAAUACUAAUAAUAAUAAUAAUAAUUUAAAUUUCAUUACUAAUGAAGAAAUUAAAGUGAAAGAAAAAUUAACUAAAAAUGAACAUUUUGAUGCUAAUUCUCAAUUAAAAAUUAUUGAACAAAGUUUUACUAUAAUUAAUGAAUCAUUAAAUGAUUUAAAAAAAAUUAAACAUCCUAAAAAAAAACAUUUACAAGCAAUAAAUACUUGGCCUUUAUUACCUGAUACAUCAAUGUUAGAUAAUAUAUAUUUAAAUUUAAGAUUUAUGGGAAGUGCAUCAAUAAAUCGUGAAAUAAAUAAUAUUAAACACCAACAAUCAAAUUUACAAUCAAAUUUACAAUCAAAUUUACAAUCAAAUUUACAAUCAUCACAAAAUAAUGAAAAAUUUGAUGAAAAAUUAUUUAAUCGAGCAUUAGAAUCAUCACUUUUUAAACCAAUUAAACUGGAAAGUGGUGAAUGGAUUUCCAUGUAUCUGUUAAUUAAUACAAAAAAUAAUAAUAUUAAUAAUAUUAAUAGUAUUAAUGAAUUAUAUGAAAAAUUACAUUCUACAAAAAAAGAACAACCAAUAAAUUUAUUAGAUGAAAAUGAAGAAAAUUCAGAAAUUUAUAAAUUUAAAUAUAUUAAAAAUUAUGAUAUGAUUUAUCAACCAUUUCAACAUGAAAAUGAAGAAUUAGUUAUAAAAUAUGUAUCAGAAGAAACCAAGAGUAAUUCUUCUUCUUUAUCUUUUUCUGGUGGUAGUGAUGAUAAAUUAUUGAGGAAAAGGAAAAUGGCUUAUUAUUAUCCAAUUAAUGGUAAAAUUGAAUUGAAAAAACAUCGUUCAUCAACAAAUUCCGAAAUUAAUAAAUUUAUAAAAGAAAGAACUUAUGAUGGUAUAAAUUUUAUAUUAAGAGAACCUUCAACUAAUGAAUUGAAAAAACUGGAUACUAUAAGAUCUGAAUAUGAUCCUAUGGAAUAUGAAGGUGAAGAUGAAGAUGAAGAGCAAGAGGAAGAAGAACAAGAACAGGAAGAGGCACAAGAACAGGAACAAGAAGAAUAA